AUGGUGGUCCUCGAAAAAGCUGCACAACAGUUUGCCGACGCAACUGCCAAGCCUCCCUUCCUCUUCGAGCUCUCUCCGGACGAGGGCAGAAAGAUCUUUGAUGGCGUGCAGAAGGAGUCGGUCGCUUACCGAGACGGCAUCACCACCGAGGUUCUCACGUUUUCCACCUUCGACCUCAAGUUGAUCAAGCCCGCCCAGACCUCCUCGCAGCGUCUGCCCGUCGUGUAUUACGUUCACGGCGGAGGUUGGGUGUUUGGCAGCCCGGACGCUUUCGGCCGUCUGUUGGCCGAGAUCGCAAAGAGGGUGGAUGCAGCUGUGUUCGCUGUCAACUACACCAGGUCGCCCGAAGCCAAGUAUCCGACCGCGCUGAACCAGAUCUGGGAAGCUCUCGAGCACAUCAAGCAGAACGGCGACAAGUACAAUGUCGAUACCACUCGAAUCGCCAUUGCAGGCGACUCUGUUGGUGGCAACAUGUCGGCCAUCACUGCCCUGCGCGACCAAGGUCAAGCUCUCCGUGGGCAGGCCCUCCUCUACCCCGUGUGCGAUUACUCGUUCGACUCUGGCUCUUACAACGAAUUUGCCCAGGGAUUCUUCCUGCAACGAGACGCCAUGAAGUGGUUCUUUGAACAGUACACCGCGGGCGUCGCCAGCGCCAGCGCGGACAAUGCGCAGAUCUCGGUGCUUCGAACCGACAAGGAGGUGCUGGCCAAAGCGCCGCCUGCUCUCAUCCUGACUGCCGAGGCUGACGUCCUGCGCGACCACGGAGAAGAGUACGCUGCCAAGCUGCGCGAGGCUGGCGUUCAAGUCACGAGUGCUCGGCUUGGAGGUAUCAUCCACGACUUCCUCCUUCUCGAUCCGCUCAAGGACACUGGAGCCGCCAAAGCCGGCCGCACGCUUCUUGUCACUCAGCUUCAGGAAUGGCUCGCCUGA